AGAUCGCAUGCUUUUUAGGCUACACUUUAGUGACGUUUACAUAGACUAACAAGUUUAGUCUGCAACUGCUUCUUCCGUGUUCAAAGAUAAAGAAAUCUUUAUCUUUGAACACGGAAGAAGCACUUGCGGAAGCAAUCAUUGCUUCCAUAUUUGAAUCUAGCCUGCGUCAAACCCCGGUUAGAAACCAGAGUUCAGUUUCAUCUGUGACGCAGGCUUUUUAGUAUGGCGUGCCGUUUGUUCCUAAAUUAUUUGUUAACGUGAUGUUUAAUGUGGCGUAAAAUGUCCCAUAAAAUGUUCCUAGAAUCUACCAACCAUUGCUAUUUUUCUACCUUUAUACUAUUUUACUACCGUGAUGUGGCAAUUUCUACCCCGGGAUUUCUACCUUGAUAUCAUUUUACUGCCGUGAUGUGACAUGGCUUCCUUGAUAUCAUUUUACUACUGUGAUGUGACAUUUUCUACCUUGAUAUCAUUUUACUACCGUGAUGGACCAUUUUCUACCUUGAUAUCAUUUGACUACCGUGAUGUGGCAAUUUCUAUCUUGUUUUACUGCUGUGAGUUCAUUUUAUAAAGUUCUUUAAGUCUUUUAAUAUACUUACCAUGAUCUCGCAUUUCAUUUCGUCACUUAAGCCAAUGGUUGAUGAUACAAGGGACCAGGGAGAGUUAGGUUUUAGGGGGAAGUGGAUGUUUUGUUCGAUUCUCAUAUUUCAUGUACGUGACAUGUUGUCGUCUCGCCUUAUUUCAGACAUUUAUACCUUGUUUUAGGUGGUUUUAGAUUGUUGGCGAGUGGUUGUAGAUGUUUUUAAGGUGGUUGUUGAUGGUUGUAGGUGGUUGUUGAAUUUUUUGAGGUGGUUGUAGAUGGUUUUAGGGGGUUUUAGGUCGUUCCAUCUUUUAGUAACUACGGCCCGCACAGGGGCGUAGCUAGGGGGGGGUCCUGGGGUGCCCGUGACCCCCCCUUGGUAGGCCUUCUUUUGAGCAAACAACCUACAAUAUUCAGGUAGCGAAAACGCCAUGACAAUAUCUUGGCCGUAAAAGCCAUUGUUGAAAAGCCCACUUUUUUAAAAUUUGUUUUUUUGUGAAGUAUUUUCGUCAACGGCUCUUGUCUUUAGUUAAUAUGGGCGUGGAUGUCGACAUGACAAUCUGGUGAGUAGCCUCUGUGACCCCCCCUUUGAAAAAUCCUGGCUACGCCCCUGCCGCACAAUCUGUUUGUUAUUUUAUAGUAAAUGUUCUGGAUUUACCGUUUGCCUCACCUAUAGCGAUAUGUCGCAAACUAUGUAUAUAAAUCAAUGAUAAAUAAACGUUGAAUUACCUUACCUGUGGUAUAUAGUCGUCCUUUUACCUCAAAAGCGGUUUUUUGAGCGAUUUUGAAGGAGUUUGAAUUCGCCGUUGACUGUUCCUUAUAAUAGAAGGACCGCUUUUGAGGUAAAAGGACGACUAUAUACCACAGGUAAGGUAAUUCAACGUUUUUUUAUCAUUGAUUUAUAUACAUAGUUAGCGACAUAUCGCUACAGGUGAGGCAAACGGUAAAUCCAGAACAUUUACUAUAAAAUAACAAUCGGCCACACAAACAGAUUGUGCGGGCUCCCUGUGCUAACAUUUUCUUCCUUGAUAUCAUUUUACUGCCAUGAUGGAAAAUAUCUUUUUCAAUCUCGAUAUGAGAAAGCGAAGUACGUGAUAAACAGGAAAGGCGUUAAAUGCGUGAGCCCCAAGAUUAAAUAUUGCACAUUUCCAGAUAAAAUCAUAGACACUCACGUUGCUUCGAGAACGAAUGUUUUAUGAGUCAAAUGAGUCAAUGCGUCAAUGAGUUCCAUCACGGUAGUCAAAUGAUAUCAAGGUAGAAAAUGUCACAUCACGGUAGUAAAAUGAUAUCAAGGAAGAAAAAUAACAAUCAGGUAAGUGGAUUACAUUUCACAGGAGAUGUUACAACAAAUGAAACAUCUUGGUAAAAAAUAAUUUUGAAACAAGCCGCGCGCCAUAUUGUAGCUAGAUAGAACCAUGAGAGAGCAAAUAUCUUUUAAAAAAUAGACCGGACAGUAGGAUUUGGAUAGAGAAAUACUAACGAUAUCGGGGAGCUAGCUAGGUAAAGAGCUGGAGAGAAUUUAUUGGAAUUUAUUCACCUUCGUCCACCAUGGAAAACAGUACAGAGGUCUUGAAAGCUGUGAUUUCCGGAANAAUCAAUGAUAAAUAAACGUUGAAUUACCUUACCUGUGGUAUAUAGUCGUCCUUUUACCUCAAAAGCGGUUUUUUGAGCGAUUUUGAAGGAGUUUGAAUUCGCCGUUGACUGUUCCUUAUAAUAGAAGGACCGCUUUUGAGGUAAAAGGACGACUAUAUACCACAGGUAAGGUAAUUCAACGUUUUUUUAUCAUUGAUUUAUAUACAUAGUUAGCGACAUAUCGCUACAGGUGAGGCAAACGGUAAAUCCAGAACAUUUACUAUAAAAUAACAAUCGGCCACACAAACAGAUUGUGCGGGCUCCCUGUGCUAACAUUUUCUUCCUUGAUAUCAUUUUACUGCCAUGAUGGAAAAUAUCUUUUUCAAUCUCGAUAUGAGAAAGCGAAGUACGUGAUAAACAGGAAAGGCGUUAAAUGCGUGAGCCCCAAGAUUAAAUAUUGCACAUUUCCAGAUAAAAUCAUAGACACUCACGUUGCUUCGAGAACGAAUGUUUUAUGAGUCAAAUGAGUCAAUGCGUCAAUGAGUUCCAUCACGGUAGUCAAAUGAUAUCAAGGUAGAAAAUGUCACAUCACGGUAGUAAAAUGAUAUCAAGGAAGAAAAAUAACAAUCAGGUAAGUGGAUUACAUUUCACAGGAGAUGUUACAACAAAUGAAACAUCUUGGUAAAAAAUAAUUUUGAAACAAGCCGCGCGCCAUAUUGUAGCUAGAUAGAACCAUGAGAGAGCAAAUAUCUUUUAAAAAAUAGACCGGACAGUAGGAUUUGGAUAGAGAAAUACUAACGAUAUCGGGGAGCUAGCUAGGUAAAGAGCUGGAGAGAAUUUAUUGGAAUUUAUUCACCUUCGUCCACCAUGGAAAACAGUACAGAGGUCUUGAAAGCUGUGAUUUCCGGAAAUGCUGCGCAACUAAAUGAAAUUCUUCAGGGUUUGAAUAGUACGGAAAGAGUUUCUGUUUUAGCUGCCCAAGACUACACUGACGAGGCCUUAAAAAGGGAAACCGUUAUUGGAAUUCCUUGUAAAACCACACCGUUGAUAGUUGCUGUUCAAAGUGGAAAUCUCGAUUGUGUCAAAGUACUACUGAAUUACAAAGCAGACAUUGAAGAGCAGGGAGAGGGCUUUAGAUAUCCUGAUUAUGAGUUUGUUUGGGUUGGGGACGACUAUGUGGAUUGUGACCCUGUGUGCAUGGGCACUGGUCCGCCUUUGCUUUUCGCUGCCGCCGACGGACUUCUUCAUAUUUUAAGUUAUUUAUUUGAACAAGGCGCUAACGUUAAUGCACCCUCAUCUUCUGAGUAUGCAGAUCCUUGGUCCCUACCUUCUGAAUUUAAUGAUUAUUUACCUAUCUGGCAUACUCCGCUUAUUGUUGCCUUGACAAAAGGACACAAUGAUGCAUUUACCUUUCUUAUUGACAAAGGUGCAGAUGUAAAUUUACAAGACCAUCGAGGUUAUACAGCUCUACAUCAUGCUGUUGAAAGCAAGAACUUUGAUGCUGUAAGUUGUUUAGUUCAUAACGGGGCUGAUGUUAAUCUCUUUACAUCAAUGUAUAAACAUACACCUUUGAUGUUGGCCUGUCAAUCUCAUAACAUGGAGACCAUAAAUUUUCUACUAAACAAAGGGGCUGAUGUGAACCUUCAAAACAGAAAUGGGAAAUCAGCUUUGCACUUGGCUUCUUCAGACAUUUGUUAUUGGUUGAUUCAACAUCUAGCUGAUGUUAACAUGUGUGACAAUCAUAAUUGCACCCCCCUGAUGCUAGCUAGCAGGAACCGUGAUGUCAAAAAGGUAGCCAUGCUUACUGAGAAUGGAGCAAAAGUGGAUCUUCAAGAUGAGGAUGGUAAUACUGCUCUACACCAUGCUGUGCUUAACUCAACUGAAAUUUGUCAUGCACUUUUGACUGCUGAGGCAUCCAAUCUGUGUAACAGUCAGGAAUGGACACCUCUUCUUCUAGCCAGUAAAAACUGCAUUGAAUCAGUGGUAGAGAUUUUAUUAAAGCAGCCAAAGGUAACAAAAGAGCAAAGAACUAAUGCUCUAGAACUACUUGGAGCCUCUACUUGUUUGAUGGAUGGUUUCUUUUCUUAUAUCGAGGAAGGAUUCAGCUACAUCAAGCGCGGCAUGAAAGAAAGGUUUGCUGAUGCUUCCCAUCCUUUGCUAAAACAGCAAGUGGAACCUGCUGAAGCUUAUCAGAACAGAAGAGAGUGUCAAACUCUUGAAGAGCUUGCUGAGAUAGAAGGUGACGAGGAUUCUAUCAUCAUGGAAAGUCUUGUUAUUAGAGAGAGAAUCUUUGGAGCAAACAAUGUAGAACUACUCAAACCGAUUGAGCGUGUUGCUGGACACUUUUACCGUAAGGACCCUGGUCAUUUUAACAGACUAAGUAUACCUCUCUACAGAUAUGCAACAAAAAUUGCUCAAGGGUGUAUUGAAGAAUGUUUUAAAUCUGCAGUGUCAUGUUUAUGGCAUUUAACAUAUGUAUUGUAUGAAUGUGAACAAUAUUCUGAUGAAGAGCUUUUGCUAGAAUUGCUUGAGUUAACAGUUUUUUUUGUGUGAGAAUUGGCCAGACGACGAUGGAUAUUACCAGUCUGUCUGGCAUAUGGCAUAUAUGUGGUAUGAUGAUGAAGAAGUGUCACUGUUUGAUUCUAUGGAGGUGGUGAUACAAAUGAUUACCAAGAAUCUCCAAGAUGAUGAAGAAGAUGAAACAUACUCGAAUGUCUUGGUUUUGCUGAGAAAACUUUUGCGCCAUAAUCCUAGAUGUACGAAUAAUAAUGGCACACUGCUUCAUGUUAGGACUUAUUCAACUGAAGAAAUCAUUACUGAUAUUGUUCCAAGUGCUGAUACAGUGAAAUUGCUUUUGAAUGCAGGAUUCAAUGUACAUGUAAAUGCCAUUGACUGUGAUGGAGACACCCCACUUCAUAGAAUUGCUAGUUUAGAACCUGGUGAUGACUUGAUUCAUCAGGUACCUGAAAUUAUGAACGCUUUGUUUUAUGGGGGUGCACAUCAUGAUUUUGUCAACAAUGAUGGUAAAACACCCAUGGACAUGGCUAAAACAGAUGAAGCUCGCAUCAUUCUUUCAGCUGCAGAGAGAAGAAAACUGGAGUUAAAGUGUAUCAGUGCCAGAGCAGUUAAAAAGUUUGGAAUUCCUUAUUUGGGGGAGGUACCCAAAACACUGGAGAAAUACAUUAGCAUGCAUUAAAUGGAAGUUUUAUAGAGGAAGCAGAGCAAAGCUCAUCUCAUGACAUUCUGCACCGUUUUUUAAUACAGUCGCUUGAAAAUACUUCUUUAUUAUAAAUUCCUCUGGUGUAUGCUGAAGGCUGCCAUUUCAGGAAAUUUGGCUUCUUUUUCAAGUUUUUUAGAGCUCCCUAGAUUUAUUUUCUGCUUUUAAUUUCUAUAACUCUCUCUGUAUAAUUAUUAAUGUAUUAUUGAUUUUUGCGUUGAAUAGUUACAGUGGACAUUGGCAUACCUUAUUGUUAUAUAUGCUGGUAUGUAGUUUUUAAUACAUUCAAACCUCCUGUAAUUGACCACUUAAAAUGCAAAUUUCAACUUUUGCUGUUCACUACAAGAUUUGAAUCACAGGCGUUGUCUUUUGGGAAGAGGUCAAGACAUAUCUAGUUGUUGGAAGAUAAUAAAUAUCCACCCAAUGUUACAGUUUGUUUGUAGCUCCAAUUGCAUGUUUUAAUAUUUUAAUAAGUUUCUGGUAUAAUCUGAGCUGGGUAGUACAAAUAGCAAACAUAGUGAUUAAACCACUGUAAUUUCCCUUUCCCUAUGUAACCGCUCCCCAUAGAGACGGAGAGAAGCCUGGGAAUGAGGCUGACAAGGGUUUGUAUGGGAAACUGCACAAUCUUGACUGGGUGACAAGUGCUGUUAUUCUCAUACAAAUCCUUUUAAUUCUCGGCAGAUGCUGCAAUAAUCAAAACUUUUCUGACAAAAGUAACAUAAUUUUAAUAUAUCUUUUCAGUUCCUAAUAAAAUCAUCCUUCUAAAAUGGCUUGUUUUCGUGUUUACAGAAAAUUGAUUGCGUGACACUAGUCCUAAGACAGGUCACUGCUUUAUUGAUAGGUAACUCCAACAAAUAGUUUCCUCUCGAUCAAAAACAUCAUUUUGGAUAGCUACUGGGGCUAGGAGACACUUCUGGUUUUCUUUAUUAUAUGUACAAAAUGUAAGGAAAAAUUAUGUCGAGUCCAUAUAGGCUCCUACGCAGGCAUUCUUUCACGUCGUCACACAACCUUCCUUCCUUUUAUUUGUUGGGAAGGAUUGGUGACAAAGCCCUAAGAGCGUCUGCAAAUGAGGCUAUAUCUAAUACGGUUACAAAUAAAUUAAUCAAAACACCAUCAAUGGUAAUCAAUGCAAUUUCAAUAGAAUUUAUUGUAAUAAAGGGGAGAUCUCCUUUGAAAAAAGCUUUGCAAAGUAUUCCUACUACUAGAUAACUUUUGUAGCCACUUUCAACAGGAGCCCAUAACCCGGAGAGAACAACUCUCAUACUAGGCCUCUGUCACGGUGUUUUUACGGACCAGUUUAUUUUUAGACACAUUUUAGGGCACUUUUUCCCACGAAAAUAGGAUCUCUUCCAUGUCUAUGAGUGCAUUAGAAGUAUAAGAUAUAUAAAAAAAGAAAACUAAACGAUAUUAUAAGGCAAAAAUAUCAUUUUUAGGUAUAUAGGUUUGGCUGACUGGUUUGUGGAAUUUAAAAGAUAUUCAUAACUCGCGCCAAAACCAAAACCAAAAACCAAAGCCAAAACCUAAACCAAAACCAAAACCAAAACCAAAACCAAAACCGUUCUUAAAAUAAACUGGUUGGUAAAAAUCGCCUUGACACGAGCGCAUGGAAGUUGCUCCCUCCGGGUUAUGGGCUGCUGCUUUCAAUAUAAGAAAGAUGUGAAUGGUAAAAUGAAUGAAAAGAAAUGAAAAACAUAAAAAUACCCAGCCAAGUUUGUGUAGUUCCCAAAGGUCAUGGUUUAAAAUCGUGAUUCCUCCUUAAUUUUUCCAGAUCGUUAUUAUUUUUAAUUGUUUUUCUCUUUUUUGAACAUGUAAGGGGCCGUCGACAUAUUCAUCCCCCACCCUCCCCCUCCUUAACGUUCACUUGAAAUUAACUGCCCCAAAAGUCACUGUUGCUCAUUAUAAGUUAUCGAGGACUUAAUAUAACUUAUUCAGUUUAAGUCGAAGUAUUGUCAUUUGUUUCAAAUUUGUUGUUGAACUGAAGUAAAAAUGAUUGCCUCGGAUUUGGUCCGACGAGGCUGUGAACGGAUUUAAAAAAAAAGAACGCUGUUGUGUUCACCAAGUACGAUUUUAAGCUUUUUUUAUUAAUCCCUCUUGUCCCUGAAUCGAAAGUAAACGCCAGUGUGGAUCCACGCCCUUCUACUGCUUGUGACGUCAUGUCAUUAACAAUCAAGGACAACCUUGUCAUUUAUCUUCUACAGGGCAAGAGGCGGCGGAGCGUUUUGAAACGUGGGGUGGGGGCUCAUCUUCCAAUCAGCCAUACGCAUACCCCUACUCAAAUUUUCCAAACUGCCCUUUGCGUUGUUCAUUGGCACAAGCAAUCAUUACACAGUGUUUAGUGUGUCUGACCUCGAUUUGUGACAAUGCAUCAGUACUACAGUUGUUUAGGCGUUGCUACUUCAUUGUGCUUCUUAGGUAAUUCUUGAGUCGUCUUAGUGCAGAAAAUGUGCGCUCUGAAGUCGCUGAUGUCAAAGGUAUUGUCAAAUACAUCGGUGCCUGAAGUGUUUUUCGGCACCAAAACGUGGAGGGCUCUGCCUCCCUGCUCCCCCUACUCCGCCGCCUAUGAGGGGGAUAGGUCCUUUAAACCACCUUGCUAAGCUUGGAUUCUUUAAAAGGCACUAGUCAAUCCAUGACUGUAGCCAUUUGUGUGUUUUUGUUAAUUUUGAUUUAUUUUGUUUGAGGUGGGCGGGUUUCCCGCCCAACCCAUUUUUUAAGGGAAAAGCCCUGGGGACGAGGUUGCCGGUCAGUCCAUUUCCUGAUCCGAUUUCAGACCAAAAAAUGUAAUUUCCCACACCCGUUUUCAGACCUGGCCUUUAGGCAGAUAUUUUGUUAUCAGUACUUAGAUUAGAGCGUAAACAAGAAAAAUUCUUCAAAUCCAUGUCGAAUUCGCAUAUCUGUUUCUCUUUCUUUCUUACUCAUUUGGGACUGAAACAAUAAAAACGUUCAUACACUCCCGUAGUUCCCUCGAAAACCAUACCCGAUUCCAGAACAAAAUGGGCAAAAUGUAUACCCGUUUUAAGACCAAAACGGUGCAAAAACCCUACCCUAUGGGGCGGCACAUACCUAUAUGGCUUAUAUAAGAGAGUGCUCCCCCCCCGGAGAAAAAAGGCAAGAGAAAAACAACGUAAUGUUGACCCGAAAAUUCCCAUGAAUAUUUUGUCCUACUUUCCUCCUACCUUUUCAUCCAUCUAAUCUUAAGAUGAUCCUAAAUGCUUUCCCAAAAGCUUUUCCCACCGAAAUGAAGCCUGUUUGGCGUUGCUACUUCAUUGUGCUUUUUAGGGAGUUCUUGAGUCGUGUAAGUGCAGAAAAUGUGGGCUCUGGAGUCGCUGAUGUCACAGAUACAUCGGUACAAGUGUUUUUAGGCACCAAAACGUGGCGGGGCUCUGCCCCCAGGGGGGGGGGGAGGUACUGCCAUAUGUGGGCUAUAUAGGUAUGUGCCGCUGUGAAGGGUAUAGUUUUCAAGCAGUUUACUCUAGGAUAGGGUAUAUAAAUCAGAGCGUUUGGGUCUAGAAUAGGGUAUCAUUUUUCAGGAAACUGAUCAGUUGGUUGAAGAUUUUAUCUAGACUAGGGAUUGUUGUACAAGGUUUUUUUUUGGCUAGGCUGUGCUUUUGACCUCAGUAGUUUCUGGAAAGCAGCUACUCUAGGAUAGGGGGGACUUGGGGAGUUUACUCUAGUAUAGGGUAGCAAAAUUCAGCUGAACUAGCUCUGGUAUAGGUUAAGGCUCCAGGGUCCCAGCGGCACAUCCCCAGCCAGAAAUUCCUAAAGUACCCCCCUCGGGGGCUCUGCCUCCCUGCUUCCCCUACUCCGUCGUCUAUGACGGGGGUUAGGUCUUUCAAACCACCUUGCUAAGCUUGGACUCUUAAAAAGCACUAGUUAAUUCAUGGCUGUAUCCAUUUGUGUGUUUUUAUUUAGUUUUAUUCAUUUUGUUUGAGGUGGAGUUUCAUGGAAGACUAAGAAGAUAAAGAAGAAGACAACAGAAAAUUCAGUCAGCGGGAGGGGGAGAAAAAGGCAAAAAACACGUAAUGUUGACCCAAAAAUUCUCAUGAAUAUUUUGUCCUACUACUCUCCUACCUUUCCUUUCAUCUUAAGAUGAUCCUAAAUGCUUUCCCAAAAUCUUUUCCCACCGAAAUAAAGCCUAGUAAAUGCCUAGCGAAAUAAAAAAGAGAAAAGAAAAAGUGAGAAAGAGGGGAGAAGGAAAAACGAAAGAAAAAAGUCCAGACUGAUGUGUCACUUCUACAAAGAUCGGGCUACUUAUGGUGAGAAUUGUUCUGUUUUACUUCACUUCUGCGCUGAAGUCAUCACUUACACAAAAGGUCCUGUACAGUGUUGGAAGAUAUAAAGCAAGUAUUUCAAACCAAACCAAAACGGGAAACUUUUUGCUUCUGUGCAUGCCUGAACUUCGGACAAUUUUUAGCUUUUAUUUUGCAUCUAAAACAGAAGGUCGCGAAGUGCAAGACCUGCAAACGGCUUUUUGAAAAUUAAACCAACGGUUUUCAGCCAAAUUUUUAGGGGCGGAAUUAAAUGUCUUAACCCAUUCGCUCCUGGAGAUUUUGCCGAAAAACGCGUUUUGAAGCUAGUCGAGUGGUUUUCUGGUCACUGUCGUGCUAUAAAGAGCUAAAACUUACCACAAACCGGUUUACAGGUCGUACACUUCGCGGCCUUCUGAUCCAGAGUUAUCCAGAGGCAAAAUAUCAGCUUGCGAAGUUCGGGCAUGCGCAGAAAGCAAAAUUUCGAGAUAGUUUUGGGGUUUAAAAGUGACAGAGCAGUCUUGACUUUUACUUUUCGCUUUUCGCUUUCUCUCCUCCCUUCUUUUUUCGCUUUUCUUGCCUCAUUUUUUUUUCUCUUGCUGGGCAUUUAGUAGGCUUCAUUUUGGUGGGAAGAGUUUUUAGGAAAGCUUUUAGGAUCUUAGGAUUAGGUUAAGGGAAAGGUAGGUGAGCAAUGGAACAAGAUUUUCAUGGAGAUUUUCAGGUCAAUGUCACGUGGUUUUUUGCUUCUUUCUCCGGUGUCCUUGACUGAAUUGUGCUCAUUCUGGUACGGUUUGAAAGAUCUCUUCACUCUACACAAGUUACCGAAGAAAGUUGCCCUUGAACGUUAAAACUAAUGACGUCACUAAGGGUAGAAAGGACCUGGAUCCGCACGGGCGGUUACGGGCGGUUCAGGGGCGAAUGGGUUAAAUAGGUUAGUGUUUAAUUUGCAUCACACAUGUUUUGAAAUGUGAAAUUGUUCAUAAUUCUUUGCCAGAUAUUUGGAACUAGCUAUUCUUUUGUGGGGAAUAACUAGAAUCCAUGUAUUGUAAUUAAUUUUUAAACGCCUUUCCUUAACAAUUUUUUAUCAUAUUGGCAAGGAUCAAAGUUAGGUGUCCUGCGUUUGGAUGGUGAUGGUGAGGCUGUGCAACGAUGGAGACUGGAUUCUAGAAUUCUUGUUGUCAAAAUGGCUGCUUCGCCCCUUUGCUUCGCUCGUGUUGGAAGAUAAAGAUUGCUUCCGUGUUGAACCGACGUAAGUUAACCGCGGUUAGAAACCAGAGUUUAGUUUCGUCUGUGGCGCAGGCUGUGUAGAACCAUGAGAGAGCAAAGAACGUUUAAAAUAUGGACUGACAAGCAGCUUUUGGAGAAAAACAACCAACCUCAUCAUGCCAUGAUAUUGGGCUGAUGAUAUCGGGGGAGAAUAGAGGAGAUUCUCUGCAAUGCGUGUUCUCUAAUAACCUUCGUUCACCAUGAAAAACAGAACAGAGGUUUUGAAAGCUGUGGUUUCUGGAAAUGCUGCGCUACUAAAUGAAAUUCUUCAGAGUUUGAAUAGUACAGAAAGAAUUUCUGUUUUGGCUGCCCAAGACUACACUGACAAGGCCUUAAAAGAGAAAAACGAUCGUAAAUUUCCUUGUAAAACCACACCGUUAAUAGUUGCUGUUCAAAGUGGAAAUCUCGAUUGUGUCAAAGUACUUCUGAAUUACAAAGCAGACAUUGAAGAGCAGGGAGAGAGCUUGAGAUAUCGUGACAGAUGUGACUCUUUCCCUUACAUGUACUACACUGGUCCGCCUUUGUUUGUCGCUGCCGCUAACGGAAAUCUUGAUAUUUUAAGUUAUUUAGUUGAACAAGGAGCUAGCGUUAAUGCAUCCUCAUCUUCAGGCCGCUAUACGUUUCCGCCUUUUGAUAAUAAAUUCCAGUAUACUCCGCUCAUUGUUGCCUUUAGAAACGGACACUUUGAUGCAUUUACCUUUCUUAUUGAUAAAGGUGCGGAUGUCAAUUUACAAGACCAUGAUGGUUAUACAGCUCUACACUAUGCGGUUGAAAGCGAGAACUUUGAUGCCUUUAGUUGGUUAGUUUAUAACGGGGCUGAUGUAAAUCUCCAAUACAGAAAUGGGCAAUCGGCUUUGCACUUUGCAUCUUCAGACAUUUGUCAGUGUUUGAUUCAAAAUCAAGCUGACAUUGACGUACGUGACAGUCGUUAUUGCACCCCACUGAUCCAAACCAGCUGCAACAAUGAUGUCAAAAAGGUAGCCAUGCUUAUUGAGAAUGGAGCAAAAGUAGAUCUUCAAGAUAUGAAUGGUAAUACUGCUCUACACCAUGCUGUGCUUAACUCAUAUUAUUCACUUGACUUUGAGUGCACACCUGACAUUUGUCUUGCACUUUUGACUGCUAAGGCGUCCAUCCAUUUGUGUAACAGUCAGGGAUGGACACCUCUUCUUCUAGCCAGUACAAACUGCAUUGAAUCAGUGGUAGAGAUUUUAUUAAAGCAGCCAGAAGUAACAAAAGAACAAAGAGCUAAUGCUCUAGAACUACUUGGAGCCUCUACUUGUUUGAUGGAUGGUUUCUUUUCUUAUAUCGAGGAAGGAUUCAGCUACAUCAAGCGCGGCAUGAAAGAAAGGUUUGCUGAUGCUUCCCAUCCUUUGUUAAAACAGCAAGUGGAACCUGCUGAAGCUUAUCAGAACAGAAGAGAGUGUCAAACUCUUGACGAGCUUGCUGAGAUAGAAGGUGACGAGGAUGCUAUCAUCAUGGAAAGCCUUGUUAUUAGAGAGAGAAUCAUUGGAGCAAACAAUGUAGAACUACUCAAACCGAUUCAGUGUGUUGCUAAUCACUUUAACAGGAUGGACCCUGGUAGUUUCAAAACUAUACCUUUGUACAGAUAUGCAAUAAAAAUCGCCCAAGGGUGUAUUGAAGAAUGUUUUUCAUCUGCGGUCAUCUGUUUA